AUGGCAAAGAGGACAGCAAAAUCAAACCCGCCGCCCAGCGCUCCUCCUCCUCCGGGGACAUCGCCGCCGACCGGCAUCCCCGCUAGUGCGCUUCUGCACUUUGCGCGAACCCAUCCGCUUGCUUACGUGCUAUCACACCCACCGUUCGUGCUGGGCCUGGCGGUCGUCGCCCUAUUCCUCUACAUCGUGUACCAGCAGCGGCGGCAUCGCGACGAGCUUCGCCAGAUCGCGGCACAGAUCCGGCAGCUAGGCAAGACCAGCGAUCUAGUCGCGACGGGGUUAGAGGAGAACGAGAGGCGGGUUGGCAGCGUGGCGCAGAAGCUAGAGGGGGUAGGUGACGGUCUCAGGGGCUUGGAUGGCCUGGUUAUGGGAAUCAGGGACGAGUUGGCCCGGAGAGAUCGGGGGAGACGGUCCCGGGAAGACAGAGGGCGCGGAGGACCGCCGAGGCUUGAAACUAUAUUAGACACCGAUGGGAAUGGGAUUUAUGAGAGUGCGGUGGAGGAUGUGUCGUUCUUGAGGGGACGGUAG